UUCUUUGCAUUUAGAAAUUCUCCUUGCGUUGGAGGCAGCAGCAGCACAGAAGAUUUUCAUUCUCUUUAAGGCAGAGGGCUGCAGCAAUCGACGUUCAGAGGGGAGAGGACAGGCUGAGAGCUGAAGGCCAAGAAAAGGGAGAAGACGGCAGUAAAGGAGACUCUCAGUCAAAAAGAAUGAAGAACACAACUGCACUGACAAACCUUCCCAUUAAUAAUUCUUAUCCAGACCCCCCUGGUUUUCACUAUGAUUAUGAAUACGACGAGGAAGCAUAUAUGUUUGAAAAGACCUUGCGAAAAAGGUUGAACAUUGUCCCUAUGAUAAUUUACAGCCUUGCCUUCCUGUUGGGGGUCAUUGGUAAUGGGCUGGUUAUUUUCAUUGCCGGCUUCCGUAUGAAGAGGACAGUCAACACUGUCUGGUUCCUCAACUUAGCCAUUGCUGACUUUGCCUUCACUUUCUUCCUUCCCCUGAGCAUUGUUUACAUAGCCCUGGACUUUCAUUGGCCCUUUGGCCAGGCAAUAUGCAAGUUGAACACUACCCUUGCCUUCCUCAACCUCUAUGCCAGUGUCUACCUCCUCACAAUCAUCAGCAUCGACCGGUUUAUUUCUGUGUUCUGGCCUGUGUGGGCUCAGAAUCAUCGGACCCCCCGGCUGGCUUUCUUUGUAGCCUUGGGUGUUUGGAUCUUGGCAUUCGUGCUGUGUUCUCCAAACCUCUAUUUCAGGGAUACAGCCCCAGAUUACCAUGAUCCAAAAAAGAUCAACUGCUACAGCAAAUAUUCCAGCCCUCGGGAGCAUCAUGCAAUGACUAUCAGCCGGUUCAUCUUUGGCUUCGUCAUCCCCUUCAACAUCAUCGUCAUUUGCUACGGGGCGAUUGUUCUGAAGCUGAGGAGGAACCAGCUAACCGAAUCAAACAAGCCCUUCAAGGUCAUCACAGCAGUGAUUGUGGCCUUUUUUGUCUGUUGGCUUCCCUAUCAUAUCUUCUCUUUCAUUGAGCUGAAAGCACGAGAAGAUCCAGAUCUGGGUUUGGUGUUGAUCAUUGGCGUUCCGCUGACAACCAGCUUGGCUUUCGUCAACAGCUGCCUCAACCCCAUCUUGUAUGCCUUCAUGGGGCAUGAUUUCAAGGAGAGGCUGAGAUACUCACUCUUCUCUGCAUUUGAGAGUGCCUUUGCUGAGGACAGCAGCCAGAGCUUGGUGACCAACAAGACCAGAUCUUCAGUAGAGUUAGACUCCCAGGGUGUAUGAAACCUUCUGCUUCCAAACCCCACCCCCCAGGGCAAGAUUGUGAAAUGCAUCCAUUCAAAAUCUACCCUGCACUGUUUCUAGCCCUGGCUGGAGCUGGGGAAGUUGUAGUCCAAAUCAUCUGGAAGCAACCAGCUGGGUGAAGGCAGAUCUACAGUAUGUG